AGUAGCUUUUGUUAGUUCGCGGUAAACGGUGUGCUUUCUCGCAGUGCGUGCGCAGUGCGCCAUUCGUCGUUUCGUUCGUUCACUCGCUCGAUCAUCAUCGGUGUGAUACAGCAUCGUCCCGGUGUUUGGACCUCCGGGGCAAAACGGCACGAAUGUGCUAAAGCAAGUGUUGCAAAACAAUUAAAGCAAAGAAAAUAGAAGCAAAGUACAAGCAGAAGAUUAUUGCAAAAUAGUGUCAAAACCGAAGAAAGUGUCUGGAGAUCAUUAGCGUGAUUUGUGCAUGAGAAUUAAGGAAAGUGUGAGCAAGUGUGCCAAUCUAUGCGCGCGUUUGUGUGUGUAUAUAUGGGUGUGUGUGUCGGUAGUGUGAAUAAAGCAUAAAAAAACGUCGAAAAUUAGCUCAAAAAUAAUCAAGCUCUCCACCGGGCGGCGGAGAGUGGCAGCUUUUAUUGGUCUCGUCGUUGUCGUCGAUUUCGGGGAUAGCCAAUGGAUUUGUUGGUGGUGAAAGAUCGCACCGCUGAAGAAGAAGCGGCGGAGGAAGCACGGUGAAUAUAUUUCGCAUUUCCAUCAAGUUCGAAGGCAAUCAUUGCACCUCGUCUUAGUGCGGUUGUAGUAAAAACGGCGGAAAACGGAAUAAAGGUGGCUGCGGAAUCCUGGAAGAAAGUCAAUUUCGGAAGGUCCAAUUUGUGUGCGAUAGGUAGACACGCCAUAGUCCGCCAGAAGAGAUCACGCAACAUUCGGCAGUGAAUUGGAGCGAGCCUGUAUAGCUCAGCCGGAUUAUGGUUGCAAGCCACUUCCAACCUAACGAACCUUUGCAGCAUGUAACACAGGCCCGCCGGUGGCGUCGUCGAAUGCACUCCUUCUUGGUGGUGUGCAACUGCUGCGUGUUGUGUUGCGAGUAGCUUGGGUUAAACUGUUUCUUCUUCUGGACGCUCACAGCAGUGCGCCAAGAUACUGCUGCAGUAUCGUGCGUCGAUCCAUUUGCCAUUUUCUUGCGUGCGUAUCUUACGAGCGUAUAAGGCAUCAUCCAGUCUGCUCCCUCGUCACGUCUUCACGUGUGCCCUGGUUGGCAAGUGAAGUGAGGCGCAAGCGAUACGAGCCAAGCCAUAACUCUAACGGCAGAAGUGAUCCGAAAGUGAGAGUGAAAGAUGGAAAAAUAUGUAACCGUAGUUUCGGUGGAUGAUCAGCUGCUAUCUCCGAUCGUACCGGCUCCGAUUGAGCCGGUCGUGAUUGUCGCUAGCAGCGGUACGGGAGCGGACCGUGCUGUGGAGCUUAGCAAUAUGAUUGGUGUCGCGAAAUCGGUCAACGGUGGUGCGGAUGAGGUGUCACACGCUGACGAACAGGACGAUUCACAGUUUGUGACGGUGCUGUCGAUCAACCAUGGUGGGGAUGGUGGUGCCCGCAGUGCCGCGCGACAGAAUGCACCGGAAGUGGUGCUAGUGUAUCGGUUACCGGGUGAAAGGCUCGGCUUCGGGCUAAAGUUCCAGGGAGGCACAAACAGCAACGAGAAGAUACAGCGCCUGUUCAUACAGUCGUGCGCGGAGAACAGUCCUGCGUCGCGCGUCCAGGCAAGCUGGGGUCAUUUGCGCGAAGGUGAUGAAAUCCUGGAGAUUGACGGUGUUAAUGUGAGCCGGAUGACGCGCAUCGAGUGUGUGACGUGUUUGAAGGACAGCAAUGUUGCCAUCAAACUGUUGGUACGCAAUGGGGAAGGCAAGGUACAGAACUUUUACGGUGAGACAGGGUCUUCCGGUGGUAGUUCGAGCAGUUCCACGGGAGAUGGUACGGGAGGUGGUAUCGGAGGAGGAGGAGAGGUACUCCCAGAGCGAAAGGGAGCACCUCCACCUCCGCCACCGGUUCCUCCGCGGAAGUUAAACAAACGUAAACAAGUUACAGCUGAACAACCGAGCUCGUUGAACGGUUCGGAUGUAGGGCCACCGUCGAAACAAUCAUCAGGGAUGUCUUCAACUUCAGAAGUGUUCGUACCUCCACCGGAUGCAGAAACAUAUAGCAAUCUGUUUGCAGACGACAUAAGCGAUCUGAUAUCCGAAUCAGACGACACGGCCAGCACCAUCUCGACCGUGGUCGAUAAGUUCUCGAUCUGUUCGAGCCUGUCGUCCGAGGAUUACACGAUCCCGUCGCAUGGUGGACCGGCCGGUAUUGGGCAGAGUGCUGAGCUGGCCAAGGCUCUGAAGCCUUUCACGCUGCUCGAGCAAGAGUUCAAUCUGGAGAGCAAGUUCGAAACGACCAACCUGUUCACCUUCAAACCACCGCCUUCUGCUGCUGCUGCUGGCGGCGCGGCUACCUCGAACGUGGUUCAGCUGGAGGUACCGGCGGCGGAAAAGCCACCGCGACCCACGGAUGCGGUCGCACCUGCUGCAGGCGAGUACGAAAAUGUCACCAUUAUGAAGGUGGAUGAAAAUCGCAAUUACGAGAACGUAACCGUACCGUACGGGCCGUACGAAAACGUCACCAUACAGACGGUGCAGCCGUACGAAAACAUGGUACUGAACAGGUCGAUGGUUGCAGGUCGUCGGCAGAGCAGCACUGAAAUGUCGUCGACGCCACCGCCACCACCAGCAACACCAUCCCAGCAGACGGAUUCGAGUGGGGUGUACGAAAAUGUCGAGCUAAAGGCAACGGUUCCACCACGACCCUUACCCCGGCAGGGUGCCCUGGUGGAGCCGAAGAAGCGUGCACCGAUACCUGUCCCAAUUCCGAUCGUAGUGCCACCGCCACGGUUGAAGCCGGCGAAAUCCCCCCAGCAGCUAUCGAACGGGCAGCCGUCGCCGGCACAGCCACCGACGCCACCACCGGCUACAGCACCGCUUGGGUCCGAGUUCAACACGAUCCAAAGCUGGCUGCAAGAAGCGACCGAAGUGAUUCACGAGUGUGCGCUGGCCGAGAAUGGCAAAGAGGAGGAGGUAACUGCACCAUCCGCCGAAGAGAAAGCGUCAGCCGAUGCAAAACAACGUCCAGCAACGGCGUCCACCGAUCUUCCGCGCUUGAUCGAUUUUCAUCCGAAAGUAUCGGUUCCGUUGAAAGCGCUGGAAGACAUGGAGUCGAUCGCAGCACCGCCAGCAUCGCCGGUCAGAUUUGAAGGAUCUGUCGGAAGCGAUGGAACGUACAUGGCGGAGGAGCUGGACGGUGGUAAUGGUGACGCCGGGCUGGUAAGCGGAGGUCGCUAUGAACUGCCACCGUCCGAGUCGGUCGUGAGGAAGUGUAUUAAGAUCUUGUCCAGCGAGGAUCAUACGUACAUCGAGAGUAGCUCGAGCGAUGAGGACGAGGAGAAGCUGUACGGACGGUCGGAGGAUGAGGACGAUCGGAGUAGUUCGUUGUCGCGUGAGGCAACAACACCGGAACAGUUUCUCAGUGGCGAUGGGGGGUACAGUGAUGAGGAUGGGGAAAAGCUUGGCCCGCCGGAGAUUGUGUCCGGCGGUCCGUCCGAGGCGUACUUCAACUUCCCCUGGACGUCGAAUCUGUUGCCACCGAUCGGCGAGGUCGAGGAGGAGUUCUCCUCCCUGGAGCAUCAGCAUAAUGGGCCGAUAGUUAUUAUCAACACGGCGGAAGAAACCGUUAUCAACGACACAAACAAUAACCAGCAGCGGGAGAGAAAGAAACCGAUGCCGGAUGACGAAUCGGGCACCAACCACAUGCCACAAACGACCUUACCGUCGGCGAAAAUAGUCAUCACAAGUGGUGCCGGGCAUCAUCACCGUAUCGAAACACCGAUGAUGAUGAGUGAAGAGGCGGAGAGUGCCGUGACUGGUAGUGAUUUGGUCCACUCGAAGGAACAGGAAGCUGCGAUGGAUGCGCGUGAUCAGGUAAUGGAUGAGGAAAGCGAUGAGGAAGAUCAAGAUCAGGAUGGAGUAGAUUCGGACGAUUCGCUGGAAGUUAGUGAGCGAACGUUGAGGACGCACGAGGCCAGAAUCCACCGCCAGACGGUGGAAACAGAUGAAAAGGUAAACAGUACCGAGUCCAGCUCAGCUGAUAAGGCGCAAAAUGUGAUGCAAGUAGAGACUGAGCCGACCAUUACCUGCCGGGACGUAGAAAACGAUAGCACGGCCAAGGUAGAGCUCCAGAUCCAGCCGGAACAGCAGGAAGGCACUCCGGUAACGAUCGAGCAGAACGGCACAAGCAGCGGCAUGGAAGCGGAGACAGGUGAUCGUAAUGUUGGUGCGGUGAACGAAACAGGUGCCGUCCCCGGGGAUGCACCGAGUGAGCUAACAAACGAAUCGAAUCAAACGACAAAGAUCGCGAACGAUCGGGAAGUAGUGGAGAACGUGGACGCGGGAGCUAAUAUCGAUGCGAUCUGUGGUGAGGUAGACAUCGUCGUAGGCGAUACCGUUGAGAGUGACUUUGAGGAGCUGGUCAAAGCGCAAGUCGAACCGCUCGACGUCGAGGACAGUUCGGAGCAGAUACAACAGAUUCAUGAGCGAAUCAUUGUUGGCAUUGAGCGCGCUGUUAGUGAUGAAGGUGUUGUGGUGGAGGAUGUGUUGCCGGUGGUUGGUGGUUCGGAGUUGCAGGACGCCGAACCUCCGGUAACCGAGGCGGUGGACAAAAGUGAUGAAACGGUGAAGGUGCAGGGCGGUGAAGAAUCCACCGUCCCGAGUGAUAUCCCUGUCGAGGGCGAUGAGGUAAAGGAAAGAGCCCCCAUCGCACCUGUCACGGACGAACAGGAACAUGCUGAUGUUAACCGACAACCGGAGGAGCUGGCUGUUGAGGAGGAAACAGCAACCGAAAAACAUCCAACAGAACAAGAGUCCAGCCACCAUAUCGCUUCGUCCGGGCUAACGGCAGCAGGCACCGAUAGCAUCGAAGGUCCAGCCGUCGUCGUCAUCUCCCAGAACACCGCCAGCCCCGCUACCACCACCACAACCGACGCAGACAAGAAGAGUACCGCCCCGGGCAGUGUCACGAGCAUGGACUCGAUGAAUAAUGUAGUGACGACGACAACCACCGUGACCGCCAUCGCCAGCACCGUGCAUCAGCUCAUACCGUCCGCCGUCUCCACCGUCACAUCCUUAUCCACCGCCGCCGUCGCAGCCCCGAAUGGUGGCAAAGUAGCGCCACCGGCAUUCUCACGACUACCACCGGAUGGGCAUGAGUUCCCGCCGAACUUUACCGAACCUUCCACUGUUGCUGCGGACGCUGUUACCGUCAACAGUGUCAACGGGAACGCUUCCACCAACCCGGGUCCGGUGGCCGCGAUGACGAUUAUGAACGGUGCACCGGUACUCGCCAAAUCGCACGACAAACAUUCCAGCUUCAAUGAUGAUCUGCCCGAUCUGCCAAAAAGUCAUCCACCACCGGUACCCCGCAAGAUGACCGGACACACACCGACCGGGGACACCGGUUACCGCAAGCCACCACCCUUCCCGACCCGCAGUUCCUCGAUCGCUGAGUCGAUGCUCAGCCGGAAGGAACUCCCGCAAGCGUACCAAUCGCUGCAGAGCGUGUUCGAGCAGCGCCGCCGCUCGGUGGACGUGCCCGACCACAAUCUCCACCAAGGCAAACCACCGGCAGCACCACAGCAAACGGGCCGGAUAUCGCUGGUCGGAUCGAACUGGCGCAAGGAUGAGAAGUCGGAAAAGAGCGUACGGGACAAGAUCGCUAUGUUUUCCAGUGCGGCGGCCGAUGCUGAAGGUGCCGCCCUGCCCGUACCGCAGCAACAGCACACCAGCACAGCUCCGGUAACGACGCCACGGAAGUUUAGCAAAGAUUUCACCAAGAGCUCGGAGAACUUGCUCGGUUCGUCGCGGGACAUUUCCACCUCGAAGAAAUCCGUCGAAGCGAUCGAAACGUACGCAACCCUGCGCAAGAAGGCACACAGUGUGGAGCAUCUGGAUGAGGUUGAUCGAGGCGUAUCGAUGACGGCAACGGCGACUCUCGCCACCAGUGACAACACACCGUACAAAGCCAAGUUUAGCCUGGAAACGUCCAAGCCGGUCGUGCUCGGGAAGGCGUACAGUGUCGAGAAUCUAAAUCCAAUGAACAGGACCGACUCGAUCAAACCGCUGAUCGGGUCGAACGGGGCCGGUGGUGUCGAUGGGUCCAAAGUGCUCGCCCGUACGACAAGCUUCUCGGGAUAUUCCAAUGGAAGCAGUAUCGCAUCGCUCGGCAGCACCAACAGUCCCGCAGCCACGGACGAUCGCUGGAAGUCCUCCAUCUCGAACCUGCUGGAGCAGCGCAAAAAGUCAAUGUCGAAGUUGCGCGGACUCGUCAUCCCGGAGAAGGUGCCCGAGACGGAAGUGUUGCCCGAGUCGCGCAUCAUCGGACUGCCCAUCAUCAAGAGCAAGGAUUCGGAAAUCAUUCUCUCGUCCGGUGUCCAAAUUUCCAAACCGGCCACCGUUGAACCUCCAGCACCGCUUUCUUACAGUCGCAAAACGAGCACUCUUCCAAUGCCACCCAAAACGAGCCUGAGUUCCUUGACUGGUCCUUCGCCGGCGGUUGCACUGCGAUCGACGGCCACCAACAUACGUCAGCAAAGCACGGAUUCAAAGAUGUCUGAAUCGGAGUCAGAGAUGGCGAUGCCAACGUUCCGGAAGCCACUUCCACCAAUGCCACCGGUAAAGCCUCCCCGCACCUCACUCGUCUAUCCACCGAAAAGUGGAUCGACGGAUUGUUUGCGCAGCACGGAGGAUGAAAGUGGGGACGAUAGUGAUUCGGUGCUGAGUUCCCGUGUGUCCUCACCGCCUGUUUCACCCGUUGCGCCCGUAGCUCCCGUCGAGAAGUACGCACUGACGCGUACCCUCAGCUCGGAAACGAACACAUCCAUUACGAGCUCGAAUUCGACGCUAACGUCCAGCUCGGGAUCGCAGGCUAGCUGUAGCUCGGUCGGCAGUACACCGACCGUCGACAUUAGCCGGAAGCUGUCGAAAUCUUCCUCGUCGGAAGCGUCCAUGAACCGGAAGAAUGUGCUCGCCUCGGCCAAGUGUCGUAAUGGGCGGGGUGAUCUUAAGAUCGAAGAUGUCGGCGCAUUCGGCAGCGGUACGAAGUCAAAGCGAUACGAGGAUGGAGACAGUACCGAUGGGUAUGAGGAGGAGGAACGUCGGAAGUCAAAGUCCAAACCGAGAAGUUCGCUCACCAACGGUUCCCUGGGAUCCGCGGCUAAGCAGAUCGGUUACGAGCAGGAAAAGAAGGAACUAACCCACUACAAGGUGGUGGACAGUGUGGACAGCAUUGUCGAUAAGGUGAUAAAGGUGGCGUCGUACGUGGAGGUCGUGUCCGAUCUGGAGGAUAACGCGAUCGUUGAGGAUCCGAUCGUUGCUUCGGCCAUGCCGCUUCCGCUAGCUGAGAAACCUCAGACGACGAUCGUGCCCGAGCAGCCGAAGAAGAUCUCGCGCGAUGCACCGAACGGUUCCGGUUCGAUGUCGGAUCUUGCCAAAUGGGUACGCCACGAAGCGGCCCGUACGAUCAUCUCCCACAAGGAACCGGAACCAUCGCCAACCAUUGCUGGAUUGCGGAGUACGGAGAAGAAAAUGUCACCUCCAAACUUGCCACGCUCGGUCCCUACAAGCGAACCUUCGCCGGCUCCAGUUCCGGUUCGACGCGAGCUCCGUUCGUCGGUCGAGACGAAAAAGCUAAAUUUGGCCGAAAUUCGCAAGUCAUUUGAAUCGAAAUCCGCCAACAGUACGGUAAUCCCGGCACCGGUUAAACAGCCACCGAAAGAGACGCCGGCCGUUACACAGCAGCAAGCUACCGUGCCGAGCGCGGUCACUAGCCCUCCGGUACAUGCCACACCAAAAACCACUAACGGACACGAUCGAUUCUCGUCCUGGGAUUCGUUGGCGUCUUCCUCGUCCGGGGUUUCUUCGCUUCAAACCAACAGUCUCGGGCUGGGCAGUGUCGCACCCAACUGUACCGGAUCGUCCCAAACGCUGCAGAGCACACCGUCGGAUUAUGGAAGCUUUUCGUCGCUCGGAAGUAGUCACAGCUUGAUCACGCCGCAGGACCUGCAGCUGAUCAUUGAGGAGGCCGAUCCACCGCUAGCCACGCCGGAAGCGUUUGUUGUCGUGCUGCAGCGUGAAACGCCCGAGAGCAGCAUCGGAAUCACGCUUGCCGGUGGUUCCGAUUAUGAGGCGAAGGAGAUUACGAUCCACAAAAUUCUCACCAACUCACCCGCGGACCGGGACGGACGGUUGAAGAAGGGCGAUCGUCUCCUGUCGAUCAACGGGCUCAGCAUGCGAGGUCUCACCCAUCGCGAGUCACUCAGCGUACUUAAGACACCACGACCGGAAGUGGUCAUGGUAAUCACCCGCUCGAAGUCGCUCGUGCUCGAUACGCUGACGAAACUGAAGCGACCCUCGAUGGGUUCGCUCAGCUCGCUGGCGGAGAAGAGCGAGAUUGCGACGGAGUACGAGCGGAAGCUCAAGAUCCAACAUAAAGCGUCCCGCUCGUUGGAUCUCGACCACAUGGAUGUGGCAUCGAAUGAAGCUGAAAGUGUAUUCGAUGGUACCGCAUCCGAGGAUGGUCUCCUGUCGGCAGACGAUGUGUCCAAAUGUUCCUCUAGCAAUGCCACCGACAAUGCUUCCUAUUCCACCGCGGAAGUCCCGGAAGGUUGUCGCAUGGUCGAAAUCAACAAGGACGGUGCCGGUCUCGGGUUCUCCAUCGAGGGUGGUUACGAUUCACCGACCGGCAACAAACCUUUGAUAAUCAAGAAAAUCUUCAUGGGUGGUGCCGCCGAAAAGUCGGGCCUGCUGCGUGCCGGCGAAGAGAUUGUUGCCAUUAAUGAUAUCUCGAUCGCGAAGAUGACGCGGAUACAGGUGUGGAACAUGAUGAAGAAGCUGCCGAACGGUGGCGUACGCAUUACACUCAAGUGAAACGUCCCUUCGGAAAGCUGCAGCGAACGUAACGUUCCCCCCCUUAACUGGCCCCAACCUGUGUGUACACUAGCUUAUUUUAUCUGCGCAUCCUUAUACAUACGCAUACAUAUACGGUUAUACAUAUUUACACAUACACAGAUAAUUAUUUACUCCUUAUUUUAUUUGUAAACUUAUACGCAACAACAACAACAAAAAUGCUUGUUAUGUUUUCCUUCUUUUUUGUUUGCUUCUUUUUUUAAGCAUAUUAAAUAUGAACAAAAUACGAAAGAACUACUAACACACGAAACGAAAGAUGGGGAGGAUUCAAAAGAAAAACAAGGCAACGAGAUGCGUCCGAAAACGAAAUUGGUAGUUAGAUUAGGAAGGAUACGAAUUGAACUACAACCUACAUUCUCACGUUCGUUGCAUUUAAACGCAGGUUUUUUUUUAACAUAUCAAAGCUGACGAGAGAUGGGUUAAACAGGACGCAAGCGCAUGAACUCGCACAUCAAGUAUUUUGAAGAGAAAGAAUAGAAAAAAAGAGAAGUAAAAAGAGUAGAAAACAGAGAAGGAAAUGCACCCUUAUACUAACCAACAAAUACACUUACACACACACGAUUAUAGCCGUUCUAGUGCCGUUUGUUUUGUGAGUUUAGUAGAUAGAACUGUAAAUUAACUUCAAUACAAACGAUUUACGUAAACUGAGUAUAAUUUAACCUUAUGCUAGUGUAGAUGAAAUCCAAGGAAACCGCUUCUUCCCGUUACUUCAGAAGUGAUUAGACGAACACCAUUGGACGACCCAAAUACCUAAAUUUCUUGCCUUUGCUAGUGUUGCCUUCGCUUCCCGGUUCCCGUUUAGCUCGUUCGGGCACGUAUGGGGCGAAGUAAAACAAAAACAAAACAACGUACGAAAAUCUGUUUUCCUUAGUGUUAAUGGUUUUUAUUAAACAAUUUCUUUUCCGCCAAACCUCUUCUGCACACAUAACUGUGGCAACAGCGUUUGUGUGUGCGUGUCUGGUUAAUAAGUUUUAAGCUUGCUUAUGCAUAUAAUUAAUGUCCUUAAUUAUUCUAUUUGUAGAUACAACCACAAUAUAUACGCUAUUCAAUAAAGGAAAAUCAGUUACAUUGACAUUGUA